UAUGAGUAUUUAUGUUAGUGAGGUUAUGUUGUAACUCAUCCACGAGGUUGGAAGUCGCAUUCAAUAUUGAUCAACAUCAAGUAUUUAAAUAAAUUAGUUAAUUUUUUUUCUACAAAAAAUCUUAAUAAUCAUGACAAGGUACGCACGUGCAAAAGGUUCCAAGGCAUCGAACGAACGUCUACCUGCUGAAGCAACACCAUGGCACGUGAUGAAGCAGCAGAUAGAAACUGCCACCGCAAGUGGGAAAGAAAAUUCCCAAAAACCUAAAAAUGCCAAGGAAUUAUUGAAGGAGAAAGACGAUCCUUAUUACUGUGACACAGUAGUUAAUAAUAAUGAUUGGGCAGAGUUCGAUACUGAUAAAUCUUCCAAGAAUGUUAAGAAAAAUGUCAGUGUGAAAGCUGAUAAAAAGUCUCCGAAAAAACGAGUAAAUAGUAAAAAGGAAAACGGUAAUGACAGUUCUGUACCAGCUGACAAAUCAAAGCUCGACAAAUCUAAGUCUGAUGAACCCAAAGCUGAUAAAUCCAAGCCUAAUAAAACUCGUAAAAGAAAAUUAGUUGAAGCAGAAACUGGUGACGUAGCAAACAAAUCUAUCGAGGAAAAUGUUCCCAAAAUGAAAAAGAAGAAAAAAAAUAAACCUAUUUCCAAGACGGAAAAUUCUGAAGCGACUGAUAAAGCUGGUGAUGAAAAAAGUGAAGAAAAUACAAAAGAAAAAAAUAAAACUGGUGUUAAACUCAGCAAGCGGCAGAAACGCAAUAGGAAAAAUAAAAUAAAGAAUGAAAAUGGUGAAAAUAAAGAAGUAAAUACACCAAUAAGUUUUGAUGUCGAAGGCAAUGACUGGAACGCUGACAUUAAGUUUGGAAAACCGCGAGACUCUAAACCUAAGACUGAAAAUAAUAAUUAUCCGAACAAUUAUCGGGAUAAAAGAUUUAACCAGAGUGUAAAGAAUCAGCGACCGGGGAAAGUACGAGAUAAUUUGGAGCACAAACGGAGAAAACCAGAGCCAGGUGCCCAGAGGGUGAUAAUCAAUGGCAUGGAAGUGGAUAUCGUGUUGUACGAUGGGUUUCCAGUGAGAAAAGACGACGCGGAUCGUUUGAAAGAACUGAGGGAGAAAAUGGUAAUCAAUGGAAUUCCUAAAUCAGAAAUUGACAGAGCUAUGAAAUUAGAGAGACGUAAAGCUGAGAAAGCUCUCGCACGCAUUCGUAAGAAUGUCUGCUUCCAUUGUCGGAAAGCGGGCCACAAUUUGUCGGACUGUCCGGAGCUGGGCCGCGAAGAAGCUGCCACAGGAAUCUGCUUCAAGUGUGGCUCGACUGAGCACACGCAUUUCGAGUGUAAAGUCUAUAAAAAAGAAGAAUUUCGGUUUGCUACUUGCUUUAUUUGUCGAGAACAAGGUCACAUCGCCAAGCAGUGUCCUGAUAAUCCUAAAGGUCUCUAUCCCCAGGGAGGAGCUUGUAAGAUUUGCGGUGACGUCACUCAUCUGAAGAAAGACUGUCCAGAGUUGACUUCACAAAAGGAAGGAGCUAAGAUAACUUUGAAUACUAUCGCUGAUGUUGAUUCAGUAGAAACCAUUGAUGGGGUUGAUAAUAAGAAGCCCGCAGCUUCUGAAUCUGAAAAACCGAAAAAAAUAAUUAAGUUUUAACAAAAGUUGUUUUUUAUUAAAUAAAUGUAUAGUUUAUUUAUUUGAUUGAAUUGAAUUGAUGUAUAAAUAAAUAAUUUUU